AGGAGGCAAUUUCUUAUGUGGUUCUAAGAGAAGCCUCAUCUCCUUAACAUUAAAUUCAGUCAAUGGCGUCUAGAACGGACCAAUUUUCGUUUCCAAAAAUCCUCUGUCACGUCAAACUUCGUUUUUCCUUAUUUUUUCGCAAACAUGGCAACCCUUGCUAAAAGUGUAAACAUUAGAAUGAUGGAAGUGACGGAAGAAGACGCUGUUGUCUUAUCAAAAAUUGCAAAAAUUUACUACAAUGCCGAAAAUGACAACAACUACUUUGUUUAUAAACAAAAGUCGUGGCAAUUAUUGGAUGUAUUCAACAAUGAGUCCGAAUCAUUAUUGCAAAUAAUAGGAAAGACCGAAAAGGGGAUAGUGAAAGGUUUGGAUUUUGUGGAAUCAAAUGAUGGAUACCACCUAAUGGUUCUAUACCGUAACGAUUCGUAUACAAAUAGAAAGAAUAAGACAACAGAAGCCAUUGACAAGUUAUUGGAGAUUCUGUUUGGCACAAAUGUCAACAACAAAACUCAUCUUGCUGUCACCUCUGAAGAGGACGAAUCUAGCAACCCAAAUGAAGAACAACGAAUAUUGAAGACAUAUGUUACCACAAAACUCUUUGAAGCUUUGCAAAAAUGUCAUGCGUCCUUUGAUGAACUGCAGCACAGUGAGCAAUUAAUACUGCCACAGAAAUUUCUGCCUAAACUUUGCAACUAUCAAAUGAGAAGUGUGCGAUGGCUCUUGGCAAAGGAAAGAUGUCCUUCCACAUUCUCUCCAUAUUUUCAGAGGCUAACGUCCAAAGACAAUGAGACUGUUGUCUACAAACAUUGUUUUCUACGAUACAUACUGCAGAAUGAACCGGGACAAUUGACAUUACCUCCAGGUGGAAUUCUGGCCGAAGAAAUGGGCCUGGGUAAAACUGUUGAAAUGUUGGCCUUGAUUUUGCUUAAUCCAAGGAAUGAUGUAGAUGUAAAUCCAGGUAAGGAUUUGAAAAUUCAACCGCCGGAGUCUAAGAGAAAACGCAUAGAGAAAGAGGUUUUCUGCACAUGCAAUUCCAAAUCGAAAAACAAAAUUCUACAAUGUACAAAAUGCAAUUUAUGGCAACAUAUCAAAUGUGUAGCCAAAUAUAAUUCUGACCAUGAUGACGAUAUUAACGAACCUUAUCUAUGUCCCGGCUGUUGGAAUACUGUCAUAUCACAAGAUGGUCUAGUUAAGACGAAAGCCACAUUCAUUGUUUCGCCAAAUACCAUAAAACUACAGUGGCUCUCGGAAAUAAGACGUCACAUACAGCCAACAUUGCGUGUACUGUUAUAUGAGGGUGUAUGUAAUGGGAAAUGGAUAAGUCCCAGACAGUUGGCCAAUUAUGAUGUAGUCUUGACAGAUUAUAACAUAUUGACGCGAGAGAUAUAUUUCACCAAUGAAAAUCACAAUGAGCGUACAAUGCGCAAUAAACCGCGGUCCAUACGUUUAAAAACUUCAACACUCAUGGUGGAGUGGUACAGAGUCUGUUUGGAUGAAGCCCAAAUGGUAGAGUCGAAUGCAUCGCAUGUGGCGUCGUUGGUGCGUAUGUUACCAGCUAUUAACCACUGGGCUGUGACUGGAACUCCUAUACAAAAGUCAUUAAACGAUUUGCAACCACUGUUAGAUUUUGUGGGAUUUGAUAGUGUAACCGAACCGAAUACUUGGAAUUAUUUGGUUAAUAAUUUUGUUCUUGAACAUGAAAAACACACGGAUGACAAAACAUUGGAACUGGUAAAGAUUUUACAAAAAUGUAUGUGGCGCACCUGGAAAUCUCUAAUAUCUGAUGAAUUACAAAUUCCACCACAACAUCAACAAGUACAUCGCAUUCAAUUCGAUAAUUUGGAGAAAUUCUUUUACAAUGAACAACAUGAUGAGUGUCGGACAAUGUUUAUGGGAAAUGUCCACAAGUAUACCAGUCGCAUGAGUACCAUAUCUCCGCAAAUUAUGAAAAUUAUAUUAAUGCCAUUUUUGAAAAUUCGCCAAUCCUGCACUAUGCCUGUAGUUGUGGUCAAUUCAAAUAACAACAAAAACCAGGCAUCACAACAAAAGCAAUUCCUUCAACCCGAGGAAUUGCACUCGUAUUUGAAAUCAACUAAUGAAUUAAGCUGCAAAUCCGAAUUACGUGCAAUGGCUUCCGUCCACAAUGGCUUGGCGGCAUUAUAUAUUAUACAAAAGAAAUACGAUCAUGCUACAAAACACUACAAUUCCGUUCUUAAAUUGGCCAACGAAUAUGUAAAUAUGAGUGUAACGGUAGAUAGUCUAUUGCAGAUGCAUGCCUUGCACAAUUUAAUGGAAAUUAAAAGAAUGCAACAUUUUAAAAAGGCCGACCUGGAAAUCUAUCAAACGCAAUACAACUCCUUAGAAUGGAAAUAUUUAGGCACUUAUUCUAAUACGUUGUCUAAUGUUAUGUCAAGCUACAAUGCUGUCAUUAAUAAAUGUGAUAAUGCCGUAAACGAACAGCUUAUCGCUACCAUGUCCGCAGGCCUUAGUCAGCUGCACAUAAAUGACACCUCCCAAUUGUUGCAAAAAAUCUAUGAAGAUUGUAUGCCGCGUUUUGGGGUAACCAAUCCUAAAUUGGCUGAAAUUCAAAGUUCUCGUUCCUUGCUCUACAUUGUCGAUUUGUGGUUUGCAAAGUUAAAUAGAAUUAUGAAAUCAAUUCAAAUUGAAGUCAAUGAAUUGACAUAUUUCACGGAAAACGUGAAGCCAAGACAUCUGGUGUGUCCAACAAUAUGGACGCAAAUAAUGCAGCUGUUGCAAAGUGUCUAUGAUUGUCAUCUGAGUGAAAUACGGGAACAGGAGACAAAAGAAAAGAGGCCCAAAGGAAAGAAAAUCCUAUGUAAAAUGUGUCAAAUUCGGGAUUUGAUAAAUAAUUUUGAAUGCCUGCUCUUUGAUAAAGUUAUUGACAAGGACACCAACAUUACGGAAGGCAUGCAAAAUCAUUCACUUGAAAUGCAGUUGUGUAAAAUUACCUUUGGUUAUUUGAAGAACAAACAAAUCGAUAUACAUCUGACAAAAACCAUGGAAAACAAUUGGUUGUACUUGGAAAAUUUACAAAGUCUGUGUAAACGUUUAAUCAAAUUGUGGAUUGAAAUUGAGUUUACCAUAAAGGCUUAUGAUGAAUUGGACAUGUGUAAAUUAAGAAUAACUUUGACAGAUGAUCCUGAUGAUAAAUCUAUAUUCAAGAUAUUCGAACACGAAGUCGAUCAACGCAUUAUCGACCAACAAAAUGAAUUACAGUUAGUUCAAAGGCAAUUUACCAUUAAAUUGGCCAGAUUGAAAUACAUUAAACAUUUGGAAAGUAACAAGGAAUUGGGAGCAUGUCCAAUUUGUCGUCUCUCCGAGGAAGAUAGAUAUGCUGUUUUGGAAUGUGGCCAUCAUAUAUGUUUUCCAUGUUUGAAGUCCAUGCAACAAUACAAUAGAAGCGGUCACUUUAAAUGUUCCAUAUGUCGCAAUGUCCAGCACAACUCAGACAUUUACUACAUUAGCAAAUCCAAGACUAUUAAACCGGAAAAUAAAAUGGUAAAAGGCAAUUAUUCCUCGAAAAUAACCUACAUUGUGAGAUUAAUUUUAAGUUUGCAAAAUCAAGAAGUUGCUGCUGGCGAAGAAAAAUAUUUAAAAGUUUUGAUAUUUUCCCAAUGGUUACCAAUUCUACAGGCUAUAGCUGCAGCUUUAAAAGAAAAUGACAUAACAUUUCGUCUACAAUGUACGCCGCUUACCUUGGAAGAGUUCAAGAAUCCAAGCCUCAAUAUAACCUGCUUGCUUAUGCCUUUCAUUAAGGGAUCCAAAGGUCUAAAUUUAGUUGAGGCCAAUCAUGUUUUUCUGGUUGAGCCUAUUCUUAAUCCUGGCGAGGAAUUACAAGCAAUUGGACGUGUGCAUCGUAUUGGACAAACCAGACAAACAACUGUACACCGAUUUAUCAUGGAAGAUUCUAUCGAAGAAAAUAUCCACGACUUUGUGUCGUCAUCAGGAUUAAAGGACAGUAAUACAAGUGGCAUAGAACAGAAGUGGGAAUUUAAUAAUGUGUCACUAGACGAUUUUGACAAACUUUUUGUAUUGAAAGGUCGACAUUAAUUGUUUGCACAUUUCAUUCUUUUUGUAUGUAUACUUUUACAAAAUUACCAAUAAUUAGUAUGUCUUUGUACUCAACAAACUCAAUCGAUCAGAGUAUUCGGGCAAAAUUACAAUUAAUACCCAUUUACUGAACUCAUACAACAAACAUGUUGUUUCGGAACAUUGAGUACACCGACAUGCUUCUUUACACUUCGAAUAACAUUCAUUCCCAAAUUAUUUAAAAAAUUAUCCAGUAUUAUAGAAUAAUAUUCAUUUUUAAAUAUAUAUUUUUGUGAAUUCUUAAAAAAAAAAAUAAAUGUAGUAUUGUAUAUGAUAGAUAUACAUGCGUAUAUAACUUUUAUAUGAUCAAAUGAAUUGUAAUUUAAUAAAAACGUUGAUUAACCUAACAAU